AUGGGCUUUUGGAGAAGAAGAGCUAACGGUGCUUAUAAGCAAGAUUACCACAGAAUGAGAUCAUUUUCCAAAAAUCAACCUCAUGAGAUUUGGCAACCAACUGUUCCUAAAUGGGAAAAGGAUUUCUGUGCUAAAGUGGGUUUAGUUUCAUGGAGAAAGAUACUAGAAACCAAGAAGUACAUUCAUUUGUACGAUAAAGUCAUGGAAUGGAACGAUUCUGCAUGUGAAGAAGCGUUCAAACAAUCGAAGAAAAAAUUUUGGGCUAAAAUUAAUGGCUUUGAAUCUGAAAUAGUAUUACCUGGUCCAAAUAUCUACAUUGAUGAAGUUGAUUGGGAUGCUGAAAUCGAUCCUGAGCUAUAUCUUGAUUUGGAAAGGCAACCAGAACAAAGCGAUGAUGAAGAAAAAGAUUUUAAAGGAGCUAACAGUAAUGGCUGGAACAACAAUGUUGAACUUGGCCUUGGCAUUGACAUGAUUAUCCCGUCUGGAUGGGGUGAUGAUGAAGAAGAUUUUAAAGGAGCUGACGGUAAUGGUUGGAACAAUAAUGCUGAACUUGGUGGCAUUUAUCCCGAAUGGAUGGGGUGA